GGAAUAAGGGCGGUGUUUAGGGGCGCACUGUGGCACUGCAAACCGGUGGGAUUUUUUUCUGAAGUUUGGAAGGAGGAAAGCAAAGUUUGAGAAGACGGGUGACCUAGAUUUUACUCAGCCAUGCACAUUCAGGAGUGGUUGCGCUCCCUCCGCGCCGGAGGGGCAGAGCAGGUGGAGGUGGAGGACCUGCGGAGCCUGCUGCCCUCCCUGCCGUCCCUCUCCUCGCUGUCCCUCUCCUCCCUCUCCUCCCUGCUGGGGCUGGGCGCCCUGGCCUCCCUCACCGCCUACUGGCUCGUCACCCGCCCACGGGCCAUCCGCCCACCCUGCGACCUCCACGCCCAGUCCGUCUCUGUGCAGGGAGACCCCAGCUGCAGACGUUCUGCCCUGCUUCCAGAUGACAACCUGCUGGACUUCUACUUCGAGGACACAAAGACGGCGUAUGACAUGUUUCAGAGGGGCCUGCGGAUAGCAGGGGAUGGCCCUUGCUUGGGCUACAGGAAACCUGGGCAGCCGUACGAGUGGAUCUCUUAUACUGAGGUGGCAGAGCGGGCACAGGUGCUGGGCUCGGGGCUGCUCGCCAAAGGCUGCCAGCCCAACCCCAAGCAGUUUGUGGGCAUCUUUGCACAGAACAGACCUGAGUGGGUUAUUGCAGAGUUGGCAUGCUACACCUACUCCAUGGCAGUAGUGCCACUCUACGACACUCUGGGUGUAGAGGCGAUGGUGCACAUUCUUGACCUGGCUGAAAUCACGCUGGUCUUAUGUGACAAAGAGGAGAAGGGGAUGGCCCUGUUGGCCAAUAAGGAGAAGGGUCUGACCCCCACGCUCUCGUGCCUGGUGCUCUUCAACAGCUUCAGUGAGGCCCUGGUGCAGCGGGCACAGAAGUGCGGGGUGGAGGUCUUACAGCUGGAGCAGCUCAUGGAUUUAGGACGACAGAAUCUUCAAGCCCCUGUGCCUCCCCAACCCCAGGACCUGGCUGUGGUCUGUUUCACUAGCGGCACAACAGGAAAGCCCAAGGGAGCCAUGAUCACACAUGGGAACAUAGCCUCCAACACGUCCUCAGUCAUCAAGAUUCUGGAGGGCUACUUUGUGAUUCGUCAAGAGGAUGUGUCAAUCUCGUACCUGCCCUUGGCUCAUAUGUUCGAGCGCAUGAUACAGGUGUCCAUGUUCUGUCACGGAGCGCGGGUGGGCUUCUACCAGGGGGACAUCUCUCUGCUCACGGACGACAUCAAGACCCUCCGGCCCACCUUCUUCCCUGUGGUGCCACGCCUCCUCAACCGCAUCUACGACAAGAUCAUGGGCUCGGUGACAUCUCCCUUCAGGCGGGCCGUCCUGCAUUACGCAGUGAGAAGGAAGCAGGCGGAGCUUAGCAGUGGAGUGGUCCGCAACAACAGCCUGUGGGACCGCCUGAUCUUCAACAAGAUCCAGGCUGGACUGGGGGGUAAUCUGCGUUUCAUCCUGACCGCAUCAGCCCCCAUCUCCCCCACAGUUCUGUCCUUCCUGAGAGCAGCCUUGGGCUGUUUGAUCUUUGAGGGUUACGGGCAGACUGAGUGCACCGCUGGCUGUACCUUCUCCAUGCCGGGGGACUGGAGCGCUGGGCACGUUGGAGCACCCCUACCCUGUGCCAUGGUGAAACUGACGGAUAUCCCCGAGAUGAAUUAUUACGCCAAGAAUGGGGAAGGAGAGAUCUGCAUUCGAGGCCACAGUGUGUUUCGCGGCUACCUGAGAGAUGAGGCGCGCACGGCCGAGACCCUGGACACCGACGGCUGGCUCCAUAGUGGAGAUGUGGGCCAGUGGCUGCCAAAUGGGACUCUGCGCAUCAUCGACAGGAAAAAGCACAUCUUUAAGCUGUCCCAAGGCGAGUACAUCGCCCCUGAGAAGAUCGAGAACAUCUACACGCGCUGUGCCCCAGUACUACAGGUGUUUGUACAUGGAGACAGCUUACAGUCUCACCUGGUUGGAGUUGUGGUGCCAGACCCGGAAGUCUUCACCGAUUGGGCCAAAGAGCGAGGCAUUGUUGGGUCGUACGAGGAGCUUUGUCAAAAUCCAGAUGUGAAGAAGGCUGUGUUGGAGGACAUGACAGCAGCAGGGAAGGAGGCGGGACUAAAGUCAUUUGAGCAGGUGAAGGACUUGUACCUGCACCCGGAUCAGUUCAGUGUAAGUAACGGGCUCCUGACUCCCACCCUGAAGAGCCGGCGUGUCGACCUGCGCAGAACGUUCCAAGAGCAGAUCGCCCGCAUGUACGGCAAAGCAGCAGCUUAGAGGACCCUGGACACACCAGCAAACUAACACACACACACACAAUCUCGAUGGCUUAAUGUUGUUAAGCACAGUGAGCCUCUGUUUCAGUGCAUGACAUGGUUGUUUGCACCCUCAUCUGGCCUGAGCACUUGUGUUUAUCUUGUUAGCAUUUUUAGCAAAUCACUGUCAUAGACUUCCUGCCACACUUGGGCAAAACGGAGCUCUAAAAACACUCACAAAGACACACACACACACACUCAAAAAUCCAACUUUCAAAAGAAUGUUGCUUAAGGUACCCUGGGGAACCAGUCCAGCAGUGGACGUGCUGUUCUUGCCCUAUUCUGAUUAUAGCAUAGCAUACCUCACUGACAUAACUAGAGCACAAACACAUACAGUACAGACAAGGGCCUUUCUUAGCUGACCAAGAGAACGGGUUGCUCACAUCCACCUCUGUUUAGAACAUGGCGUGUGUGUGUGUGUGUGUGUGUGUGUGUGUGCGCGCUUCCCAGAGGUUCCCAGGCCAAGGGGUUCUGGAAGUGAGCUUAAAGGGAUUGGCCCCUUGCAUAUCCGUCCCCCAGCAUUAGGUAGAGCUCCUGUCCACAGCAGCAACAUGACACAUAAGGGAUCUUCACUGUGACUCGUUACUAUAGCUCUAGCGUUUAGCUUUAUUGCAGUCCCAGCAGGAGAAGGGACCUUUUGCUCUUUUGAGAAAUCUAUUGUUGGAAGUGUCCAACAUCUCAAAACAAUCCACUGUUACUUGUUGAAUCGUGUGAUGGGACGGGAGUCUCCUGUGAGCGGGGCCUGAUGUAAUUUAUGUGGGUUGUGUAAUAUACAGCGACUCUGUAAAUGAUUAAGUGAAUUGUUGUAAAUAUGGAUU